AUGGGGUUGUCUAUCAAGCUGGCAGGCCUCGACCUCAGCACUCUCGGCCUCAAGGAGGCGUUUCCCCGAAGGCCGGCUUACGGCACCAAGGGGACCGAAGUCGUCCUGUGGGCAAACUACGUUGCCUUGACGGCCUCGCCCAAGCUCGUGCUGUACCGCUACGAUGUCUCGGUCACUCCGGCGGCUACCGGGAGGAAGCUCACGCAGAUUGUGCGCUUGCUGCUGGAUGCUCCGGAGCUGGCUGCGUACAAGCACGACAUGGUCAGCGACUUCAAGUCGACGCUCAUCUGCCGCCAGAAAUUCGACGACCAGGCCAUCAAGAUCACGUACCGAAAGGAGGGCGAAGAGGAGCCGGGCGCCAAUGGCCCCGUGUACGAGGUCAAGCUCCAGCUGACGAACACUCUGGCAACCUCAGAACUGAUCGGUUAUCUUACAUCGACGAACCCGUCUGCCCAGUAUGACGAUAAGCUGCCUCUCAUCCAGGCCCUCAACAUCUUUCUGAACCACUACGCCAAGUCGACCAACAACCUCGCUACCAUUGGGUCGUCCAAGAUGUUUUCUUUGAGCCAAGACUCUGAUACCUGGGACCUUGGGAGCUGCCUCACCGCCAUCCGUGGCUUCUUCGCCAGUGUCCGUGCGGCUACGGCUCGUGUCUUGGUCAAUGUCAACCCCAGCCACGGUGCCUUUUUCCAAGAAGGCCCGCUGGAGCAGUUCGUUCUUCGUCUAGGCUCCGGAAAGGGGCUUUACAGGCUGCAGCAAUUCAUCCAGAGACUCCGCGUCAGGACCACUCAUUUGAAGGCCAAGGUCGACAAGAGUGGCAAGGCGAUCCCGCGCGUCAAGACCAUCUGGGCCUUGGCCAACCCAAACGAUGGGCACGGCCUUCCGCACCCUCCUAGGGUGAGCGCAUUUGGGGCUGGGCCCAAGAAUGUCGAGUUCUGGCUUGACAGCGGUCCCUAUAGCCAAGCCCAGCCUGGACCUUCUUCCGGCAAGAAGAAAAAGGGGGCCAAGGGUCAAGAGGGCGGGAGAUAUAUCUCUGUCUAUGACUUCUUCCUGAAUUCAUAUAAUGUGCGUAUCAACGAUACUCGGCUGCCCGUCAUCAAUGUCGGCAAUCGAGAAAACCCUGUAUACCUGCCCCUCCAGGUUUGCUAUGUGCUGCCUGGCCAGCCCUCCAAGUCCAAGCUGGAUCCGGGCCAGACGCAACAAAUGAUUCGGUUUGCUGUUCGGAGGCCAAUGGAGAAUGCCACGUCCAUCGUCAACGACGGGCUGCGGACUGCUGGCCUAUCCCCUGACUCGAACCCGUUGUUGCCUCAAUUCGGAAUCGAGAUCUCGCAGAAUCUUGUCACUGUGCUAGGGCGCGUCAUUACCAGCCCAAAGGUGGGCUAUGGCCAGAGCCGACAAGUAGCAACUUUUGGCGGGAGUUGGAACAUGGUUCCGAGAGGAGCCCCGAGCCUCAAGUUCAGCACUUCGGGAAGCAUGCAGAAGUGGUCUUGUGUGUACAUCGAGACAGCCGACCACCCCAACGCCUACAAGUUCAGCUCCGAAAGCCUGGAUGCCACUAUGCGCGCCUUCCACACCGUGUUGAACGACACUGGCAUCGCUGCGGCCGUGCCCCUGAGGCCCUUUAGGCGGCUGCAGCUGACAGGCGACAACGAUCCUGAGCUCGAGAAUACGAUCAAGAACGCCGCAGCAACGCUACAGAUGCUUUUUGUCAUCUUGCCGGCGACCCCCAUCACAUUGUACAACCGCAUCAAGUCCCUUGCCGACGUCAAGUACGGCGUCCAUACCGUCUGCAGCGUCGGGACCAAGAUUGCCAACCCCAAGGGUCAGGAUCAGUACUUUCGCAACCUUGCGCUCAAGGUCAACCUCAAGCUCGGCGGCAACAACCAGCUUGUCGAACCCGCGCACUUGGGGUUUAUCUCUGAGAACAAGACGAUGAUUGUCGGUAUUGAUGUCACGCAUAAGUCGCCCGGCACGACGGCUCCCAGCAUUGCUGGCAUGGUCGCCAGUAUUGAUCAGAAGCUUGGCCAGUGGCCCGCAGUUCUGAGCAUCCAGCCUCCGACCCACUACGAGAUGGUUGCGGAGCUACAAGAGAUGUUGAAAUCGCGUCUGCACCUGUGGCGCUCAAAGGGGAAGCACGCGACUUUCCCAGAGAACAUCAUUGUGUAUCGUGAUGGAGUCUCUGAAGGGCAGUACCAGACAGUACUGGACGAAGAGCUGCCGCUCCUACGCGCCGCCUGCAAAGAAGUCUACCCAGCGGCCGACCAGCAGAAGGGUCUGCCACGUCUGACCAUUGCGAUUGUCGGCAAGCGUCACCAUGCUCGCUUCUACCCGACGGCAGUGAACGACGCCGACAACACAGGCAAUACCAAGCCUGGCACGGUGGUCGACCGAGGCGUCACGGAAGCCCGCAGCUGGGAUUUCUACCUCCAGGCGCACACGGCACUGCAGGGAACCGCUCGGCCAGCGCACUACUUUGUUGUGCUGGAUGAGAUUUUCCGCCCACGGUACGCGAAGGCGCCGGGGAAGAACAUUGCAGACGAGUUCCAGGAUCUGACGCAGAGCAUGUGCUACACGUUUGGCCGAGCCACCAAGGCGGUGAGCUACUGCACACCGGCAUACUACGCCGAUAUCGUGUGCGAGCGAGCGCGGUGCUACCUCAGCCACCUAUAUGAUACGCCGACGCACUCGGCAGCACCGUCGGUGGUGGGAGAUACGCAGGGUGGCGGAGCUCAGGGGGGCUUGAAGCAGGAUGUGCAGAUUCACGAGAGGCUCAAGGAUACCAUGUUUUACAUUUGA